CAAGCUAGGAAAGUUAGUGCGGCUAGCCGGGUUAGCUAAUAUGUUUUUUUAUUAAUUCGGUAGUUACAUGGCCUGAGUUUACAGGCGGAUUGAGUUUAAGUAAAUCAUCCGCUUGGACACAUCGCUAAGGGUUUUCAUCAAGCUACGCCCAGCCAUGCCAUAUCUUCAAACAUCUAAAAAAAGUAGAGCAUUACUGGAUAUUAAGUCACAGAAAUGUGGACUGCGGCACACAAUAUUCUCUGUCAUCGGAAAUGAAUACACUGGAGAGUGGCAAGACAACAAAAAGCACGGGAAGGGAACUCAGGUCUGGAAAAAGUCUGGUGCCAUUUAUCAUGGAGAGUGGAAAUGUGGAAAACCCGAUGGAUAUGGUACCUACAGUGUACUGCUCCCAGAAACAAAGGAGUUGGCAAAGAAGUACUGUGGUGAAUGGAAACAUGGAAAGAAGCAUGGGUAUGGGAUGUACCUCUACAAUAACUUAGCAGUUUAUGAAGGGGAGUGGAGUGAGAACCAACGGAGUGGAUGGGGAAGGAUGUACUACGAGAGCAGGGAUAUCUAUGAGGGAGAGUGGAUGAAGGAUAAGAACCAUGGACAGGGCAUCAUCCGAUGUGCAAAUGGAAACUGGUAUGAAGGCACCUGGGGAGAAGGCAAGAAGAACGGCGAUGGAAAGUUUUACUACUCUGACAAAGGCCAGCUCUAUGAAGGCAUUUGGUUGGAUGGAGUAGCAAAAUGUGGGACCCUGUCUGAUUUUGGGAGGAAUGAAGCACCAACACCAUCAAAGUGUCAAAUUCCACAGGUACGUCUGGUGGAUAUGCAGUUGGUUUUAAAGGAAUCCGAGGAAGCCUACCUUGAGACGAUCAACAGCAAGCUUCCACUCCACAACACACUAACAGAAAACAGAUAAUAAAUGGCAUGAUGGCAUUUUCAGC